GGUCGUUGGAUUUCCGGUGGAGCAAGAAAGCAGAAGCUGGGAGAGAAGAAAGGAGGGUUUUCGUCUCUGCAGAGGAAAUCGACGGCAAUUAGCAUACGGAGAGAGGCUCAAUGGACGUGAUAAAGACGCAGCAGAUAUCGUCUCGGCCGAUAGAGAAGGUGAUUGUGCAUCCUCUGGUUCUGCUCAGCAUAGUCGACAACUACAACCGAGUCGCCAAGGACACUCGCAAGCGCGUCGUCGGAGUUCUCCUCGGCACCUCCUUCAAAGGCACCGUCGAUGUCACCAACAGCUAUGCAGUGCCCUUUGAAGAAGAUGAGAAGGACCCUAGCAUAUGGUUUCUUGACCACAAUUAUCAUGAAUCAAUGUUUUCAAUGUUCAAAAGAAUAAAUGCUAAGGAGCAUGUUGUAGGUUGGUAUAGCACUGGCCCAAAAUUACGGGAGAAUGAUCUUGACAUUCACAGAUUAUUUCACAACUAUGUCCCAAAUCCUGUCCUAGUCAUUAUUGAUGUCCAGCCUAAGGAGCUGGGUAUACCCACCAAGGCAUACUGUGAUGUCGAAGAGGUCAAAGAGAAUGCUACUCAAAAGAGCCAGAAGGUUUUCGUUCAUGUUCCUUCUGAAAUUGCUGCUCAUGAGGUUGAGGAGAUUGGAGUGGAACAUUUGCUCAGAGAUGUGAAAGAUACAACAAUUAGUACCCUUGCAACUGAGGUUACUGGAAAGCUUACAGCCUUAAAGGGCUUAGAUGCCCGGCUGCAGGAGAUACAUUCUUACCUUGAUCUUGUUAUUGAUGAGAAGCUUCCACUGAACCAUGAAAUUCUUUACCAUUUGCAGGAUGUGUUCAACUUGCUACCAAACCUAAAUGUAGCCGAAUUAAUAAAGGCAUUUGCAGUAAAAACAAAUGAUAUGAUGUUGGUUAUAUAUCUUUCAUCUCUCAUCCGUAGUAUCAUUGCACUUCAUAACUUGAUUAAUAACAAGAUUCUAAACAAAGAACAUGAGAAAGCUGAGGAUGCAAAGCCAGCAACAAUCCCCUCUGUAUCUGGAAACUAAAUAUCUAGAUUGCUCCUAGUUUCAGCAGUGAAAGAACUCGAGCUGUGUGGGGGCUGUACGAUUUAAAUUGAAUUUCUGUAGUUUCUCAUUCUUGAAAUUUUGUAUUCUUCAGUUCAGCCUGAGAUCACAGGCCUUGGAAUUUAGAUUCAUUUAUCUGUGUUUCGCUGUUGUACCAGUAUUCUGCUAAACUGCAUCUCAAUUAGCCUUAGUUUCGUUAUAGAGAUAAUCAUUAAAGAUAUGACAUUUGC